GUCUUCUUCCAUUUUUUUCUCUUUCUCUUUUACUAUGCCAGAAACACUUCCAUUGCUAUCGUUGAUCGAUGUUCAAGGAUGGCCUAAAGCCAAUAUUGAAUCUUUUGCGGAAGAACUACUAAGGCUGUAUGAUCACCGUGCAGCGACAAUAAAAACAGAAGUAUUUAUACCCCAAAAGCCGAUAAUUAGAAAGGACGAUACAUGUACAUUACCCAGCUCUGUAUACGAACCACUGUCGAAUGAAAAGAGCCAAGAUAGGAAACCCAGUUGUCGCUUGCCAGAUGAUCCGCUAUCCAGAUUUCUUAACAGUGCCAUCAAUGAUCCAUGCUUUGUCAUGGAUUACAAUCCCAAUGACGACGUUCGUACCACCAAGUUUACAACACAGUCAUGCAUAUCAUCACCCACUGUCAAAGAUAGUGAAUCACUCGGAGAGACGCUCAACUCUGGCCAUCGGCAACAAAGAAAUAUAUUGAGGAAAUCAUCUGCUUUUUUCCGGCAACGAGUAACACGCUUGAAGCUGAAGAGCUCUUUGACUAUACUUGAAGAUGCACCACACACGAUGGACGAGUCUACAGGCCCAACACACUAUCGUAACUCGAUGCCAGCAAGCAAAGUGUAUAGUGUCAACCAUUCUAGCGCACAAUGGCCACACCACGGAAGGCGAAGUUCCGUUCCUGUAGUGCACAAAAAGAACAAAAAGCGUCGAUCAUUUUUAAACCAUUUCUUAUCAAAGUAACGAAAGCGCAGGAGCAAAGCAAGUGUACUACUGAAUAUUUACGCUAAAUAAGCCAACCCUAAGCCUAUCAUGAACAGUAAAAGCUAAGUUAAAAAAUAUUGAUUUGUAUACUCCAGCACGUUGUUGAAUCCACGGUCCCCGCAGCCACUUGUAUGUUUGGAUGUCCAUUUUUGUGGGGUUUCAAUUAUCAGAAGCUUGGCUUAGACGGC